AUGCCGAAGCGCAUCGCGGUCGUUGGUGCGGGGAUCAUCGGGCUCAGCCAAGCUUGCGAGCUUCAGAAAAAAUUUCCGGAUGCUGAGAUUACCAUCGUUGCCGGGGAAUUUUCCCCAGACUUGACGUCCGACAUUGCGGCCGGAUUUUGGCAUCCAUACCUUCUUGGCGAGAGUAUACCACCAGAAACCCUUAAACGUUGGCUGGGCGCGACGUUUUCCUAUAUUCUCGGCUACGCCCGGUCACAUCCCACCCAUGGCGCGAUGAUUAUUAGCGGAUACGAAUUCCUGCGCAAAGCCGUCCCAAGACCCGAAUUUGCUGAUUUCUUCCUGCAAUUCCGCGAGCUGCCCGCAGAUGAGAUCUUGGCAGUACGAGGCACGAAAGCGUAUCCCGCGGAGCAAGGUUGGUUCUACACUACAGUCUUCCUGGAAACCGGACUUCAUAUGCGUUAUUUGUUGAAAAAAUUCCGGCAAAACGGCGGAAUCAUUCAGAAGCGGAUUCUAGAAUCGCUAGACGACCUGGGCAACAAAUACGACGCCAUCGUGAACUGCUCGGGCCUGGGGGCCAUAAAGUUAGUGGGCGAUAAGACGGUGCACCCGAUCAGAGGCCAGGUGAUCCGAGUCAAAUGCCCAACCAUCAAGCACUUUUACCUCGACGACGAGAUGUACAUUUUGCCAAACUCCGAAACGACCGUCCUCGGAGGAACAGCCGAAAAAGAUGACUGGGACUUGUCGGUACGCCCAGCGACCGCAAAAUGGAUUUUCGAGGAGAAUGCCAAGCGGAUGCCGGCGUUGAGGGAAGCCGAAAUCGUGUCCCAUCGUGUUGGGCUGAGGCCUGGUAGACAUUCACCGAGGGUAGAGCUUGAGAACAGAAUGGUCGCCGGGAAAAUGACCCCAGUAAUCCACAACUACGGUCACGGCGGUUCCGGUGUAACUCUCUUCCAAGGAUGUGCCAUAGACGGGGUGGAACUUGUGGGAAAAGCUUUGGAAUCGCAACGCUCUCCGACAUCAAAGUUG